AUGGACCGUAGGAUGCGCGUCGCUGAGGCGUUGCUUUUGGUCGUCAUUUUAAUCUACUGCCCUGUCUCCGCCUUUGUCGCUGGCGCUGAUGGUCCAGUAACCUUUCAUGAGGCUUUAGAAAAUGGGAAUACGACAUUUUUUUGCGACGCAACGCCGGAUACAAGCGAUGAUGAACUCAUGCUUCUAGUGUGGUAUAAGGAUAAUGAGUCAAUUUACAGUUACGACGCUCGCGUGAGAAGCGAAUGGUCAAACAUUGCAUUCAAUGUGAGUGGUAGAGUAAUUGCCGAUAUGGACAAAAAUCCCACGUCCCUGACCAUCUCAGCGUUGAGAGAAGACGAUCAAGCUUUCUAUCAUUGUAGAGUGGAGUUCCUCCUGUCACCUACCAGGAAUACUGGAGUUAAUUUUACUGUUACUGUUCUUCCAAGUGAGCCUUUCUUUUUGGAUGAAUUAGGAAAUACAGUCACUAAUAAAACUAGACCAUAUUACGAAGGCGACACGCUUGUACUAAGUUGCCUGGUUAUUGGAGGGCGCCCACCACCAAAGAUAAGUUGGUAUUCGGGUGAAACGCUAGUUGAUGCUACGUAUAGUGUAAGUGACAUACCUAAUGUAUGGCAAAAUGAGCUUUAUCUACCACUCACAAGAGAUAACACUGAGACUCUAUCGUGUAGAGCCAGUAACACACGUUUAGUACCGGCGCUUGAAGCUUCCCUUCAAAUAGAAUUGUAUUUGCCUGCCAAUCAAGUGAAAAUUCAAUGGGUUCAAGGAACUCUGGACGGUGCUCUCCGAUCAGGUGAAACGGUGACAGCUCAGUGUGAAGCGUACGGAUCUCAUCCACCUCCUGAUAUAACUUGGAGGCUAAACAACAAACGUCUCAAGAAGCACAGUAAUCAGACUUGGGACAAUUCUCUACAAGCCGCAAUUUCAUUUAUUCAAAUAACUCCGACUAUGGCAGAUAACCAAGCUACUCUAACAUGCGAAGCAGUUAACCCUAUCAUGCCAUCGGAGCGAAAUUCAAAAGCUGAUGUUAUCAAUUUGAAUGUAACUUUCGGUCCAAAAGUAGAAAUAAUGAAGCUUGAUGAUGAAAAGCGAAAUGAAGUUGUUGAACUCGACCCUUUACAUUUAAAAUGUGACGUUAAAGCGAACCCACCCGCCGAUAAAUACAUGUGGUAUUUUAACGAUAUGAAGAUAAAACCAGGUGGCAUGUGGGGUGAUGACAUUUCCACAAACGAAUUAUUUAUUGAUGAAGUAUCAAGAAGACAUGCCGGCCAGUACGCUUGUGCAGCAAGUAAUACAAUCGGUGAAACAAGAGCAGAUCCUAUCAGUAUUAUUGUCCUUUAUCCACCAGAAUGCAAAAAACCUGGCAUCACACUCGAUAAGGAAACCUUGAAUUGUAAUGUUAAGGGCUUACCUGUACCUGAUACGUAUUUCUGGCAUAUCCAGCAGAUAGAUCACGAUAUACAACAUUUGACUACCGGUUCAUCUUCGUUGUCCUUAGACCAUGUAGCUGGACCCCUUUCAGAAAACUUAAACGUUAGUUGUGAAGCCGAGAAUGGUAUCGCUUCGCAAUACAAAUCGUGUACUAAAAUUAUAAGUUUAGGACACUUAAGACCCCCACAACCACAACAGUGUGAUCUUGCCUUCGAGUACAAAGAGUUUCAGAUUAGAUGUAUUCCAGUGGAAAACGCCACCCAUUAUGAAUUAUCUCUCUGGCGUUUAUCGAAAACCAACACUUCCUUGGUCUUGGAUCGAAAGAAGUCUGUAGAAGUAGGCAAUAGUCUUGCAUUAACGCAAAAUGGUGAUGAGCCGUGGCUCGUCAGGGGAGCAUUGGGGCUACUUAACACAGGUGAUGAAGCUGGGGCGGCUGCAUGUAACCGCUACGGAUGUUCCGGGGCCUUGCUUUUGAGACCCACGGAAAAUCUACUAAGUGCUGCUGCAUCUCCGUGGUGGAAAUUUUUAACUGAAAAGGACGCGGUUAUAUGUAUCGGUGUAGUGUUAUUGGUGAUAAUGUUCGCGUGUUCGACAGUUCUAGCGAUUCGCCUCGCUAGAAGGUCGCGAAAGAAGGCACAGGUGCCUGUCAUACAAGUACUGCAACUCGAUGACGUCACACGAGACUAUCUCAAUCGUACUGGAGAUAUCCACGUGCAUCCGUCGUGCAGUCUAAGAUCGAACAGCAGUGAUUGUUCAGAAGAGCCAGACAAUCCCUCACUUGUAGAAUGCCACUGUGCACACACUUCACACGAGUGGGUCCCACCUCCUGAUGUCACGCUAACAUUGCAAAGGGAAAGUGCUGUUUAG